AAUAAAAACUUAUGUAUUCUAAUUUUAAAGUUUAAAUUAUAAGUUGUAAGUUGUCUUUUGAUUCCGCCGUGCUUCGUCGUUACUAUCAGUGAAGUUAUGAUGCUUUGUGUACUCUGGAGGUUUCAUAUUUCAAUUUUGUGGCGCCUUUCAUCAACUGGGCUGUCUAUUAAGACUUGACUUUUCUGGUAUUUCUCUUCUUCUUUUUUAAUUUUGACGUGUUAAAGGUCUUUUUGUGAUUCUCUUGUGAUUCGGGUCGGGAAGAUGAGAAAGAUCUUCCCCAAUGUGAGAUUCAAACUGUUAAAUUUACAGCUUGACAGCUGACUUGUUUUUUUCUGUCAACUUUUUUUUAUUGUUGUUGAUUUUUUGUUGAUGGAUCCACGAUGAUGGCUCUGGCCAGGAUGUCCUUUGAAGAAGGAGGAGAGAAGGACGAAAGUUUAGUUAACGAUACGACAGAGUAUUCCUGCGAUACUCUUGGUCUGACUUUGACAUCGCCUUAUUGCCCACCUAGGUAUUCCAAGCAGGUUUAUUCCGUGCCAUCGGUUCUGACUAAAGGCAAGGAAAACCAGGAUUUCAGUGGUUUUGAGAGUGAUUCGAGUUCAGAUUCGAUCGGACCAUUUUCUGCCAAGAAGAAACUACCGCCGAUUUCCCAUACAGGCCCGAAAAAGAGUUACGUUGAAAAUGUAUUUGACAAGUACGAUGACAUGUAUGCCAACUUGCCCUUGGCGGACGGAUUUACGACUCCGGAACCGAAGAAACUGUUGGAGAAGCAUCGUUUCCAGCUGAAAAUGCUCACCCACACACCAAAAUUUGAUUUCGUCCCUUACCAAUCUGAAGCGGAAAAAUCAGCCAGGAGAGAUGCUUACAUCAAAGAGCAGAAAGAGUACAUCGAAAUGACUAAGGCUGCUAAAAAGUUGAUUGGUGCAGCGACGUCGGAAGGCUGCGUCACGCCGGUCAGCAAGGGCACAUCUCAAGUUCAAACACCGCUGACAGACAGGUCGAAUAUGAUGGAGACGUCAUUUAAUAUGAGUGGUAUUCAAUUACUAGACACACCAACCUCCUGCUCUGCGUGGUCACCGCUUAAUUUCCUAACUCCCAGCAAUACCACCCAAGAGAUUCCAGAAGAGAUCAAAAAGUCCAUUUUGCUUGGUGUAACCUGUUAUGUAGAAGUACGGAUAGGGAGGGAAAAUCGUUCGGAAUGCGUUAAAGCGGAGUUACGCUCUCUUGGGGCCAACGUUGAAAAGAAUUUCACCAAAAAGGUCACCAUAGUAGUGUUCAAAGAAGGUUUGGUCUCGACCUUUUUGAAAGCGAAAGAAUUGGGCGUUAAAAUGGUUUCGACGUUUUGGAUUGAAGCGUGCAAAGUAGCCCGAGGACAGGUUGACCCUUCACUCUAUCCACCAUUAAAAAUGGAAAAAUACGAGAGUAUACUUCCAUUUGAAGCUGUCAAAAAACGAAGGUUUCGAUUGCCCAAAAGAACAAAGGAAAAUCAGAAUCCUGACUCUCCUACAUCACAACACCCCAAAAGAAGAUGCCGCAAUGCUAUCACUGACAGAAAAGAAAUCGCAAACUUCCCCAAAUUGAAAGGCAAUACCAAAAUGAACGUUUGCACUAAGAAGCUCAAUUUUGAAAAAGAUUCAGGAUAUAAUCAUGAUUUUUCUUUAAAAAGCUUAAACGGUGUCGUAAGACGAGACAGUGCUCCGGCUUAUCUAGAAGCAAAGAUAAACACAAAGCAGGUCAACAACUCAAAAAAAACUUCAGGAUCUUCAGUUGUUGCCGAAGGCGCAGAUUCUAACAGGAGUACAACCGAUAAAAAUUCUGACGUUUUACCGCAAAAAAGAAAAAGAAAACUUUUGGACCCAAAUAAAACUUAUUUAUCCCAGGGGCUGCCUUCAAAUACAGAACCUUUGUCUGUUGAAAUGCCUUAUAAAGACAAAGAGUUAAAACCAGUCAGUUCAGAAAAGGCUAUCAAUUUAAAAUCAAAACAGAGAAGUAAUUUAAAGUCGAAGCUUAUUUUAAAUGACCAAACUAUGAAUAACACAUUAACAAGAAGAAGCUCCAUGUCUUUAUUUGUGACUGCUAAGAAAACUCCAUUGAAACCGUACCAACACCCUACCAUUGUUUUCACUAGUUUCAGAGGAGAGGAACUUAAGAAUUGUGAAGCAAUUGUUCAAAAAUUAGGUGUAUUUCAAAUUGAAGAAAAUGUGUCUAAAAGAACUACACAUGUUGUUAGCAAAGGACCGAGAAGGACGAUAAAUUUAUUGAAAGGAUUGGCGAGAGGAUGCUGGAUAAUUGAUGAAGAAUGGCUCUACAAAAGUGAUGCAGCAGGGACUUACGUGUCUGAGGACCAGUACGAGCUCUCUUCAUUUUCAUCAGCUGUAGUGCAAAGCCGACUGGAAAGGCGAGCAUUUAAGGAGGAAUAUAACAUGGAUCUUUUUUCCGAAUGCGGCCCUAUUUACGUAUCGCUGGCCUCAGUUCCACCUCAGGCCGAUCUGACCGAGCUAUUGAGGAUUUGUAAAGGGAGGGUUGUGACGCAGGCAAACAUCGCUGAAAUAAUUAUAGGGGGAAAGAGGAAAAACAAUUCCUCCGUAUUCAGGGUCAAAGAGACGUGGGUUUUAGAUUCAAUAACACAAAAUACAUUGUUAGACAUAAACGAUUACAAGUACUGACUUCUGAGUGUUUUUUUGGUGUGCGUGUGUGUGUGUGUGUGUAUGAUUAUUAAUUUUUUCUUUUAUUGUUAGUGAAAUU